AUGGGUAAGGCAGAAGAGCAGAUUGCAUUGAUCUCAACGCCGCUCCAUGGCUUAUACAUCCCCAUGGGGCUUCUGGUAGUUGGAACUGCGAUUGUGAAGUUCGAGUGGAUCGGAUAUUCCGUUGCUUUGGCUCUUACCUUAGCUGUGUUUAAGGUCUACCGUGGAUUCCCACGAAAGGUCCUCAAGGCGGAUGUCUUCCAGGAAUUCCAAUUGAAGGAGAAGACGGAAUUGAACCACAAUACUGCUAUCUACCGCUUCGCCCUCCCCGGCGAAAACGACAUCCUCGGCCUCCCCAUCGGUCAGCACGUCUCAAUCGCCGCCACAAUCGACGGCAAAGAAAUCGCCCGUUCCUACACCCCCAUCUCCUCCGAUCUCAACAAAGGCUACUUCGAACUCCUGAUAAAAUCCUACCCAACCGGUAACAUCUCCAAAUACAUCGCCAACCUCAAGAUCGGACAAACCAUCAAAGUCAAGGGUCCCAAGGGACAUUUCAAAUAUUCCUCGGGUCUCGUAAAACACUUCGGAAUGAUCGCUGGUGGCACCGGUAUCACACCCAUGUUGCAGAUUAUCAAGGCUAUCUUGAGGAAUGGAGAUGAUAGGACAGUCUGUGAUUUGAUCUUUGCGAAUGUUAAUGAAGAGGAUAUCUUGUUACGUGAGGAUUUGGAUGAGCUUGCGGAGAGUGAGAAGGAACGGUUGAGGGUGCAUUAUGUGCUCAAUAACGCUCCUGAAGGAUGGAAUGGCGCUGUGGGCUUUGUUACUGCCGAUAUGAUUAAGGCAUGGUGCCCAGCUCCAGCUCCAGAUGUCAAGAUCCUGAUCUGUGGACCUCCACCUAUGGUCUCAGCAAUGAAGAACCAUUGUAAGGCAUUGGGAUACGAACCAGCUAAGCCAGUCAGCAAGUUGGAUCACCAGGUGUUCUGCUUCUAA